AGGAGAGUGAGGGAGCCAGGGGACUGGGCCCCAUGGUGAGAGUGGCCGCCCCGGAGUGGGCGGCCUUCGGGGCAGAGCACCUGGUUCCAGGUUAGGCAACGAGGAGCCGGGGCAGGCCAGCCAGGUGGCCCCAGGGCCACGGUACCCCACACUGCAGCCACCCCUGCUGCUGAGUAAGCAGAUACCCAAACUGAUUACUUCAGCUCCUCCUGGCCACACCAACUUCCCCCCCGGCACCUACACCUCUGCCUCUCCUCCCCUCCCCACAGUGACUCCUGCCCGGAAAAUGUCCAGCCCUGACAUAAAGGCCCCGGGUGUCCACGAGCUGCUGUCACUCAGGAGGCCACACGGUCCAAGAUGGGCUCUUCGCGAGCACCCCGGAUAGGGCGUGUGGGAGGGCGAGGGAUGUUGGCAUUGCUGCUGGCCGGUCUCCUCCUGCCAGGGACCUUGGCCAAGAGCAUUGGGACCUUCUCAGAGCCCUGCAAGGACCACACGAGUAUCACCUCCCCCAGUGACCCCUGUCUCCUGGGGAAGGGGGUGUCCAGCAGCUUCAGUAGCCAAAGUGGCUCCAGCAGUUCCAGCAGUUUCCUUUCGAGUUCCAGUGGCUCCCGUGGUGGCUCCAGUGGCGGAUCCGAUGUCUCCAGUGAUGGUUCCAGUGGCUCUAGUGGUGGCUCCAGCGGAUCCAUUGCUACCCAUCGUCGUUCUUCAGGAUUUUCGUUACUUAAGCCAGGAACGGGGUACUCCCAGAUAAGCUACCCCUCUGGACCUAGCUCUAGUCUACAGGGUGCAUCUAGUUCCUCCCAGUCAGGAAGCAUCAGAUCCCAGUAUGGAGGAGGCUCGAGCUCUUCUGUUUCUCAAACCUCCUCGAUGUUCAGCAGCAGUGGCCAGAAGGUCAACGCCAAGCUGCACCCCUGUAGUUCCAACAUCCCUGACUCUCCCUGCAGUGGGGGACCCAUCGUCUCGCACUCUGGCUCCUACAUCUCCAGCUCCCAUUCUGUGUCUGGGGGUAAAAUGCCUGUAGUGGUGGUGGUGGAGCAGCACAGCUCUGGUGGCCCCAGAGUGGGUCAAAGCGUCCCCUGUAGCAAUGGUGGCCUUCCAGACAAGCCCUGCCCCCCCAUCACCUCUGUAGACAAAUAUGGCAGCUAUGAGGUGGUGGGUGGCUCCUCUGAUGGUUAUCUGGUCCCAGGCAUGACCUACGUCAGGGGCAAAAUCUACCCGGUGGGCCACUUCGUCAAAGAGCACCCCAUCAAAGGCUCUCCAGGGGUUCCCUCCUUUGCAGCCGGGACCCCCAUCUCUGAGGGCAAAUAUUUCUCCAGCAACCCCAUCAUCCCCAGCCACAGCUCUUCUAGUUCCAACAUCUACCAGUCGGGAGCUUCCUCGGCUAUUGUGUUCCAGCCGGUGGGCUCUGGUGGGGUCCUGCCCCAUGGCAUUGGCUCCAAGGGCUCUAAGGAGCCCUGCUCCCUCUCCAGCUCUGGAGUCCACAGCAGCUCUAGGCUUUCCAGCAGUUCUGGUUCAUCUUUCCAGCCCUGUGGUGGUGUUUCCCAGAGGCCCAGCUCCUCACCAGGCACUGGCUCCUUCAGGGGCAGCUCCCAAUCCCACGGCGAAAUCAUCCUUCAACCCUGUGGCAGCAAGUCCAGCUCUUCUGGUCACGCUUGCAUCUCUGUCUCCUCCUCAACAUUGAGUAGGGGUCCAGCUGUCUCUUCCCAACAUGACCGCACAGCUGAUGCCAACCCCUGUGGCUUUGGCAGCUCUGGAACGAUCCCCUGCCACUCCAUCCGGGACAUCCUAACCCAAGUAAAGCCCCUGGGACCCCAGCUAGCUGACCCUGAAGUUUUCCUACCCCCAGGAGAGUUACCUAACAGUCCAUAAAGCAGAUUUUGCCUACACUCAUGUGCAGGCAUACACACACACACACACACACACACACACACACACACACACACACACACACACACACCAUCUCCCAGGUGGGAGAAGUCCAGGGGCCCAGCCAUGGGGGUAGCUCAGUUUUCUUCCACCCUCCCAAGAGAGCUGCUCUACUUCCCCCAUUGUCCCAGUGUGGCAGACUCUCCCUUAUCUGCUCUUCGUUCUUUACCUCCCCAAAUCGUAGGCUCCAAAUCCCUUUCCUCAUUCUCUUCUACUGUUUAGAUGCCCAUUGUACUGCAGUGCCCUCCCUGCCAGAUACCCUCUCCCUAGAAUUUCCUCUGCCAUUUCUUUGAGAUGGUAUAGUCCAUUGGCUAACCCUACUCAUUCAGAUUCUUGACUGGGAACCCCCUGAAAUGUCUUACAGUAACUCUGAUGCCUGGACAAGCCAUCUCCUCCCCGCCCCCUGCCCCCCCUUUGCCAAAUAAAGCACAAUCCAAACAGUUAUUUGAAAACAAUGACCAUUUUUCACUGAUCUCAUUUCACCAUCUGGUCAACCAGCAUGAUAUGCUGUUGGGUUCUCACACCUCCAACUCCACUCCCACCCUUCAUUUUAGAGCUCACCACACCCUUCCUGAGUUCCCAACAUUCCUCUUUGUCUCUCAAGGUCUCCAUCUCAGUCCCCCUUCCUGGCUGCCAAUUCCCUCAACGUUCAGAGGCUUCCCUGUGUGGGGGAGAUACCAGGGUAUCUGCAGAGACUGGAGCAGGCUCCCUGCCCUCUCUGCAUCCUGGACAGAUGUCUCAAUAAACUGUGUGAACUAGAUUAGACUUUUUGCCUUCUUGGAGUCCUGGGUCUCCUCUUGGGACCUGAGUGAUGCUCUCCUAUGCCUCUAAAGGUCCUGUGUCCCCCACUUUCAUUCAUAAAUUGGCCUGGUAUUUCUGACAUCUUACAGCUCCUCCCACAAAGGAGGAAAAUCAUAAAUAUUUGUUGAACUGAAAGCAGGGGUUAGUUGGUCUCCCAGAUCCUUCCUCUCACGUCUCUUCUCUCUCAUUGCCCCAGGAAAUCCAUUCUUGUUCCACUGGCCAUUCACUCUGCAGUCCUCCCCUCUCCUUACAUAGACCCCUAAUGAUUUCCUCCCCCUCC